GUCGUAGUUUCCAAACAAUCCGGUUUGCUGGUGGCUAAGCGCUGAUGUCUUGCAGAUAGGCCUGCCAUUCAUCGAGACAAUGAUACCUUCAGUCAGGGAAUGCAGCUGCUGAAGGUAGUAUCUUUUGAAUUACAGCUCGUCCAUGCUCGCGCCCUACCGUGUAGAUGUCGCCGAUAUUCAGAAUGAAUAUAUGAUUAUGAUGAUUAUCGUAUCAUGUAAACCCUAUGAAGACAGAAGGUGCGUUGAGACUGGACAGGGAUAUUAUUCACUGCAUUUCCCACUGUUCCCAGCUCGAGUCAGGAUGCAGCAUUCCGAAUAACCAUGGACUUGAAGUCACGGCUUUCGAACUCCGACGCAAUAGUAGUUUAUAAGUACUGCUUAUCUCCAUUGUCCUCACAAUCACCAACGGCCCAAUAAACAUCGUUCGCACUCAGAAGGACCUGGAGGCGAAGACAUCACACAGUGUCUGGGACGAAAAGAUUGGAGAUCCAAAAGAAAUGUCUAGCCAAAUACCGGCGCAUCGCUUUGGGGAAAUUCCAGGAGCACCUGUCGGGACGACAUGGAUGACUCGAGAAUGUUAUAAUGCCGGCGUGCAUGUCCAAUCGGAGCCAGGUAUACAUGGCACUAAGGAAUUGGGUGCCUUCUCGAUUGUCGUCUCGGGUCAAUACCAAGAUGACAAGGACGAGGGGGACACGAUCUAUUAUACAGGUUCAGGUGUGUAUUCACAAUCCGGGCUACGAAAACUGUAUGCCAACUUAGAAUCAUCAGGGGGUCACGAGCCCGGUGAUCGUACGCGCGAGCAGAUCCGUGACCAGGAAUGGACGGAUUUUGGAAACGAAGCACUUCUUAAAUCUUCCGAAACAGGCAAACCCGUGCGCGUCAUUCGGGGCUACGAGCUCGAAUCCGAAUUUGCGCCCUGGGAAGGCUUUCGGUAUGAUGGCUUGUACAUCUGUAAACGUGCAUGGAAAGAGAAGAAUAGAGAUGGUCAUUAUGUCAUCUGUCGCUACCUUAUGGAGAGAGUUCAAGGCCAACCACCCUUACGCCGUCGUUCACCGGUUGUCGGCCUUUACAUGCCAAUACAAGGCUUCGAAGACGUGCAGCCGCCAGCGCCAAUGCCGCCCCCAGUUACUGGACGUCAAAGAAUCAUGCAGCAGCUUGAGGCCUUAGUAGAUAAUGAUCAACGAACUCACGGCCCCUCCAGAGAGCUCCGCCGUUGA